GUUUCUUCUCUCUGUUGCAGAGCCUCCAUAUAUAUCAUACCCAACACCUCUACUCUUCUUCUAUUCAUUUCUUACAACCACUCAAGUCCAGAGCAAUGGCUGAUCGAGUUCACCCCAAAGCCUCUUCUCCUGAAGCCACGUCGCCUCGCCCACCCCAAUCCCCAUCCAAUUCCAAUCCUCCAACGCCGGAAAAUCCCGUCCCUCCCGCGGGGACCUAUGUCAUCCAGAUCCCCAAGGACCAGAUCUUCCGCCACCCGCCUCCCGAAAACGCCCGCCGCUACCAGAAGUACAGUGGCCGGAAGCCUCGACGGAGCGGCUGCUGCUGCUGCCUCUGCUGGUUCCUCGGCCUCGCCGCGCUCCUCAUCUUCCUACUCGCCAUCGCCGCUGGUAUUUUCUACCUCGUUAUCCGGCCCAAGGCCCUCAGCUACUCCGUCGAGGACAUCUCCAUCACCGGCUUCAAUGUCUCCUCGGCGGCCUCGACAGCGUCGAUCUCGCCGGAGUUCGAUGUCACCGUCAGGGCCGACAACCCAAACAAGAAGAUCAGUAUCUACUACGAGGAAGACAGCUCAGUUAAAGUCUACUACUCCGACGUCGACCUGUGUAACGGAGUCCUGCCGGCGUUCUACCAGCCCCCCAAGAACGUCACCGUGUUCCAGACUGCGCUAAAGGGCUCCGGCGUCGUUUUGACGAGCGGCAUGAAGGAAACCUUGGUGAAUCAACAGCGUGAAGGGAAUAUUCCGUUGAAGCUGAAGUUGAAGGCGCCGGUGAAGAUCAGGGUGGGGUCCGUUAAGACAUGGACGAUCACCGUUAAAGUUUCGUGUGACUUAACGGUGGAUAAGUUAACGGCGGAGUCGAAGAUCGUUUCCAAGGACUGUGAUUUCAGCGUGAGACUUUGGUAAAGAGAAAGGAAGAGGGAACAUCUUACAUGUACUUAAGUUGGCUGUAUUGAUUUUUUUUUUUUUUUUUUCCUUUCUUUCUUUCUGAUUUUGAAGAAUUGAGGAGGGCAUACAUGUUACAGAUUGAUUGAAUUUAUAUACAUAUCAGCAUAUGAUUUACUCUAUUG